UUGCCGAUGACGCGAGUGCCGCUCAAGCGCCUUGGAAUCCCCACGCCCUCCCCAAGUGCAACCGCCCUCCGGAAGCUCAGCGGUUUUCGCAAGCCCACCGGCGCCAAAAUGGCGGGCACAGGCCCGGCCGCCCUUCUGUUUCUGGUACUCCUGUUUCAAACUUCUAAAAGCGGGCGGGGCACCUCGCCGGCGGAGGUGGAGGCCAAGUACACUGCCACAAUAAGGACAAUGGCGGACGUCUUGGUUGACCACUAUGGCCGGUUGGAGGAGCUCAUGGCGGAGUGUGACUGCAGCUACCACAUGUGCGGGAACGACCUGCCGGGCACCCGUUGCGUGGACAUCAAGCGCGACCCGCACCCCGAUGAGGAGAUAGUGGCGGCGGCGACUAGGUUCGUGGUCUGCGAUCCGGACUGCGGCCACCGCAAGGUGAGGGAGCGGCACGGCUUCACCCGAAGAUCGGGCGUCACAUUUUUAGGCCAAUUUCUGGUGGGAGCUACGUUGGCGCGGGGGAGGGGGGGGGGGCUUGGGGCGGGACGCUGCGGGGGCGAAUGA